AGCAGUCCCACAGUCAUGGGUUUGGAUGUACAUAGUGGCUGCAAAAGGAUUCGGAAGGAAAGGAAGCACAAGGACGACCUGCAUUAGAAAAUAUUUCCAUAUUUGUGCAAUAGGAUUGGAAGAACGAGGCACCUCCAUGCUUCACAACUGAAGGUUAGAACAAACACAGGCUGCCAGAUACCAUUGUAAACUGCCACAUCAGCAAGGACUGAACCUGGCCAGGGGAACUUCUCACCAAGAAAUAAGAUUUUCUAGGUUCUGGAGAAGUCAGUAUGUUGGAUCGGAUUCAUUGGCUGGCUGCCGUGACAGUCCUGGGAGUCCUGGAGCAAGCCUACUUCUUCCUCCAGGUGAUCUAUGCUAGGAGAUUGUUUGGCAUUUCACCUCCAAAGAUCUCAGGCCCUCCUGAAUUUGAAAGGAUCUUUCGAGCACAGGUGAACUCCUCUGAGUAUUUUCCCAUCUUCCUGGCACUUCUGUGGCAGGCUGGACUCUUCUUCCAUCAAGGUCUGGCUGCAGCCUUGGGUCUGCUCUAUCUCUAUGCCCGCUACUGCUACUUCAUGGGAUACAAGGCAUCAUCCUCAGAAAGACUUGCCCCGAUAUACUUCAGCGCUGGAGUUCUCUGGAUUCUCAUUGCAGUGUCAGCCCUGGGCAUCCUGCAUUUCUUCCUCUCUCACUAUGUGGGGCUGAACGUCCUCCAGCUUCUCACAGCAUGACCCACUCCUCUGUGCUUCAGCACUGUACCCACAUUUCUCCUCACAGAGAAAAGCAAGGCACGACUUCUCAAGAAUAUUUCUGGUUUUCACAUUCUCUGAGCCUCAGAGAAAGGAAAAACAAUUCUUAUCUCAUUUGCUGUGCCUGUGUUUGUGCAAAAGUAGAAUGCAAUAUGGAGACUGAUUACCCAAAGUGAUGGUGUUUUGCUUCCUUGGCCUAUCAGGGCCAAGUGUGUGUGUGUGUGUUGGGACUGUCAGCUGACAGUCAUGAGAUGCUGCAAUUGUGUGCAGUUGAGUGCUUGGCAGAUUCAGUUUAGAUGUAAUGUAACAUAGUGUAAUAUAGUAUAAUAAAGUAAUUAAUUAGCCUUCUGAUA